CUCCUGGCGGGAAAUUUCGGCCAUUUCGCGCCACCAGGGUGUCGCGCACAGUUAGCGGUUUGCACGCUCCUGAAGCAGCAUUGCUACGUUCGUCUUUUAUCUAAAAAGUAUACAUCAACACAAUGGAGUUUGAAGUCGUGGAUGAUAGAGAAAUGAGAGAGGCACAGCGGGAUUAUCUCGAUUUCUUAGACGACGAACAAGAUCAAGGUAUUUACCAGAGUAAAGUAAGGGAUAUGAUCAGUGACAACCGGUGUCGUCUUAUUGUGAAUAUCAAUGAAGUACGCCAUAGGAAUGCAGGCCGGGCUGCCAAGCUAUUGAACAAUUCGGUAAUGGAGCUCCUGGCCUUCCAGCGUGCCCUCAAAGAGUUUGUAGCAACAAUUGAUGCAACAUAUGCCAAGCAGUAUGAAGAGUUCUAUGUUGGGUUAGAGGGAAGCUUUGGAAAACAGCAUGUAACUCCACGCACCCUUGCCUCUAGUUUUCUGGGCACUGUUGUUUGUGUAGAAGGAAUUGUCACCAAGUGUUCCCUUGUCCGACCGAAGGUUGUACGGAGUGUUCACUAUUGUCCUGCUACAAAAAAAACCAUGGAGAGAAAGUAUACAGAUAUGACAUCACUAGAUGCCUUCCCAUCCAGUGCUAUUUAUCCUACUAAGGAUGAAGAGAACAAUCCACUGGAAACAGAGUUUGGUCUAUCAAUUUAUAAAGAUCAUCAGACUAUCACUAUUCAAGAGAUGCCUGAAAAGGCUCCUGCUGGUCAGCUGCCACGAUCUGUAGACAUUGUCUUAGACAAUGACCUUGUGGAUACAGUCAAGCCUGGUGACCGUGUUCAGGUUAUUGGGACCUAUCGCUGCUUGCCUGCCAAGAAAGGCGGGUACACUUCUGGCACUUUUAGAACUAUCAUGAUUGCUUGCCAUGUGAAGCAGAUGAGCAAAGAAAUCACUCCAUUGUUCUCAGCUGAUGAUGUGGCCAAGAUAAAGAAAUUUAGCAAAACCCACUUCAAAGAUGUCUUUGACCAGCUGUCUCGCUCCUUAGCUCCCAGCAUACAUGGACAUGAGUACAUUAAGAAGGCUAUACUGUGCAUGCUGCUUGGAGGAGUUGAAAAAGUUCUGGAGAAUGGCUCUCGUAUCCGGGGGGAUAUUAAUGUACUACUUAUAGGCGAUCCAUCAGUGGCCAAGUCUCAGCUUCUUCGUUAUGUUCUGCAUACUGCACCUCGUGCUAUUGCCACAACUGGACGAGGCUCCUCUGGUGUGGGAUUGACUGCUGCUGUUACAACUGAUCAUGAGACAGGUGAACGGCGAUUAGAAGCUGGUGCAAUGGUCUUGUCAGACAGAGGAGUGGUUUGCAUUGAUGAGUUUGAUAAAAUGUCGGAUAUGGACAGGACUGCUAUCCAUGAAGUUAUGGAGCAAGGUCGAGUCACUAUCGCUAAAGCAGGCAUCCAUGCCAGACUCAAUGCUCGCUGCAGUGUCCUGGCUGCUGCCAAUCCAGUGUAUGGCAGGUAUAAUCAGUAUAAAACACCCAUGGAGAAUAUUGGACUUCAGGAUUCACUUCUGUCACGUUUUGAUUUACUCUUCAUAAUGUUGGAUCAGAUGGAUCCAGAGCAAGAUCGUGAGAUUUCUGAUCAUGUCUUAAGGAUGCACAGAUAUCGAAGUGCUGGAGAGCAAGAUGGAGAUGCAUUGCCUCUGGGAAGUUCAGUGGAUAUACUAACAACUGAUGAUCCCAGUUUAAUACGUGAAGAAGAAGAACAGCUUCAGGUGUAUGAAAGACAUGACAACCUUCUUCAUGGAAGCAAGCGUCGCAGGGAAAAGAUUGUUAGUAUGGAGUUCAUGAGGAAGUACAUUCAUGUAGCCAAGCUAGUCAAGCCAUGCCUAACACAAGAAGCAGCCUCACAUAUUGCUGAAGAAUAUUCUAGACUUCGCAGUCAGGACCAGAUGAGCUCUGAAAUUGCUCGGACCUCACCUGUAACUGCUCGUACAUUGGAAACACUUAUCCGACUGUCAACUGCACAUGCUAAAGUACGAAUGAGUAAAACUAUUGAUUUACAAGAUGCUCAAGUGGCUGUGGAGCUGGUGCAGUUUGCUUAUUUCAAGAAGGUUUUAGAGAAAGAAAAGAAACGGCGUAGGCAAGAGGAAGGUGAUGAUGAGACUGAGGAAGAGGAUGAAGAAAAUACACCAUCCCAAAAAAGAAGUAGGAGGUCUGUUAAACGCCAACCAUCAGGGAGAGAAUCUGUUGAUCCUUAUGAUUUUGCAGGUGCUGAAAAGGAGAUCCCUGAUUUGUUGGCUUCAAAGACUCCAGAGCGUCAAGAAGAACAAAUGGAAGUGUCAGAAAAAGUUGACAAAGUUAAGAUGACCGAUGCAAGAUUUAAAGAAUUCAAAGCAGCACUUUUUGAAGCUUUCAAGGCUGCACAUGCUCAGUCCAUCAGUAUGCGCAGUUUAAUGGACACCAUCAACAAGAAUAAUCUGAAUCCGUUCUCUCAAGAAGAGAUCAAGACAGCCCUUGAAAGCAUGCAGGAUGACAACCAGGUCAUGGUUUCUGAUGAGAUUAUCUUUCUCAUUUAGGACAAUGCUAAGACUUUGGAAUCAUUGUUUUUCAUUAGUCAGUUCAGCAUUUACUAUAAUUCUGUUCAGUUACUGAAUUAACUGUCAUGUGCUGUGAACUGUACAAUGUCUCCUUAUGAGUUAAAUUCAAGCCAUGUAAAGGGAAAAAAUACUACAAGUUAGUAAGUAUUCAGUUGGCUCAUAUAGGAAACAAUUUGCUUUAAAUGUAAAGGCAUUUCCCAAUCAGAGGUUUCAUGUAAGCUUCAAGUAUGAAAUAAUCUAAAAUGUGGUUUUACAGAGAGAGGUCUGUAUCAUUCUUUUAUAUCUGCACAUUAAAAAAAUAGGCUCUGAUAGAAAAAAAAGCCAAGUAAAAGGCAGUGGUUUUAAGUGGUUUUUGUAUUAAGAAGUCCAGUUUUUAGUAAAAUGUACAGUUUUGACCACUUAAACUUUAGAAAAAUGCUUUAAAGUUUAUAUCAUGCUUUGUGCAUUGAUAUGUAUGGGGGAAAGUUAGGAUUUUUUUUACAUUUUUAAACAGAAAUAUGUAAAAAUUGUUAAAUGUAAAAAAACAUUUAUUUCAUAGUCAACUCCUGCUUGUCUGUUUCAGAAGUUCACAGAUCACAGACAGUCGAAAUUACAUUACAGUAUUUAAUCUGUUUUAAAAUGUGGUUUCUUUGUUCCUAAAGUUAACAGCUGGUUGAUUUUUAGAUCUGUACAAGGAGACCUGAUUGACCUAAUUUUUUUUUAAACAUUUAGUGAUCUGUUAAAUCACUUCAAGACUAAAAGUCUUGGUCUGUAUAUAUCUUGUUACUGUUAGCUGAACACAGUUCUGUUCACAUCAGCUAAACUGCAGUUUUUAGCAUCAUUGAUGCUAAUGCUUUUGUAAAUUAAAGGUUAAUUUUGUA